AUGCUGACGUGGCUUCUUGAGGGAGAGGCAAAAACUCCCUCAUUAUGGCAAAAGACUCGAGAGCUAUGGCGGGAGUUAGUCCCUCACAGAGACGCAAAUUCCAGCAUCCUACUUUUCGAUUUCAAACCAGGGCGGUGUUCCAACACUGCGGAGAUCCGGUUGCUCCGAUUCUGGGAGGCUCGAAAUGGAACCGUCUAUUCUGUAACGGUAAUAGGUGAGCUGAAUGCUAUCAGGAGCACGAUCACCGACCGUAUAUUGGGGCACAGCGUUGGUGAAAACGUUUGUGUUAGUAUGUUUGAAUCGAUGGCUCUUGUGCUUCAUACCAAGUUUGACGGCUAUAGGAAAGAGCCAAAACUGGUCAUAGCCACAGGCGUCAAUCCAAAGAUUGUUGGGGGGGGGGUAGGCGUUUCUUUGUUUCUCUCUUAUGUAGCCUUUGUAGCGAUGAUUGGCUUGAGUUUUUAUUUGUUGUUUAAAUGCAGCUUGCCAAGUCAUGGAACAGACGAAGGAACGGGAUCGUUGAAGGUUGUUCAUGAACAGAAGAUUGAACCAGUUACAGUCUUCGAGCUUCACCAGUUUAUUAUCACAUCAGUUUCUCAGGUU